AUGGAGAUUCUAAAGAAACUUCACAUCAACAUACCUGUAAUUAAAGUAAUUCAACAAAUGCCAAAUUGUUCUAAGUUCAUGAAAGAUGUGCUGACAAAGAGGAAAAGAGUGAGAGAAUUUGCUAAUAUGGCAUUAACCCAAGAUUGUAGUCAAUUUGUUCAAGGAAAGCUACCACCCAAGUUGAAAGAUCCAGGAACUUUCAUCAUACCUUGCAACAUAGGAGAUUCCUAUGUGAUAGGGAACUAUUUGAUCUUAGAGAAAGUCAUCAAGAGUAAUGAUGAGUUGGAAAAGGAAUUAGGUGAGAAAGACAAAGAUGAAUUGAUAAGGGAAUGUAUCAUAAGUGUACCUCUUCUUCUAAUUGAUGGAAGGAUGGAACACUUUGAAACCCUAGAAAUUAAAGCUGAAUCGGUGAAACACAAUGUCCCAUCCACAAAGAGCCCACCUAAACUUGAAUUAAAGCAACUCCCUUCCCACUUGCAAUAUUCUUACCUAGAGGCAGAACAUAAGUUGCUUGUAAUCAUUGCUACAGAUUUAUCUGAUAAUAAAGGAGUAGGAAACUUGGUGACUGACCAUUUGUCAAUACUUCCUGAUGAAGUAGAAAGGCGUGACAAAGAAGGAAUUAAGGAAGAGUUUUUUGAUGAGGAGGAUUCAAAGAAUUACUAUCGGGGUGAGAUAGUCAUGUAUAAGAUGUGUGUUGAUCCACUUCUUAAAAGAUGUGUGGAUUAUCCAGAGGCGCGUCAGAUCUUAUCAGCGUGCCACAAUGUACCCUUUGGAGGUUUUGAGGAACCAAAACUACUGCUAAGAUAUGGCACACCUAAAGUCAUCAUUAGUGAUGAAGGAGCCCAUUUUUGCAAUAAACGUUUUGAAGUUUUGAUGAAUAAAUAUGGAUUCAAACAUAAAGUUUCUACAACCUACCAUCCCCAAAGUAGUGGACAACCUGAGUUGUCUAAUAGGGAGAUAAAAAUAAUUAUUGAAAAAGUAGUUAAUCCUUCUAGAAAGAACUGGUCAAAAUAUCAAGAUGAUGUUUCAUGGGCUUAA